AUGAGGCUUCAGUUUAUCCGCAAAUCUUUAAAUCAAACUAAAACAAGCUCCUCUCUGUUCCUCUGCAGUUAUUUCAUGGAUAUUGUUCGUCUCCGUGACGUGGGUGACGCUCACCAAAAACUUAGGGCUCUGUGUGAGUUUAAGAGGCUUCUCUCUAUCCAGGCCCCAGAGUUUGCGGACCACCAUCAGAAAGUAAGUCAGCUCGUUUUCUUUAAAGUUUCACUAGCUGCUCCUUGUCUGCUUAUCCAAUCAAACCUGUGUCUCUGUUUGCUCAGGAUGCCCAUGAGUUUCUGACUGCAGUUCUGGAUCAGAUGAAGGACCUGGAUGCGCCACUGAGACAAGUUGCCUCUAUCCUGGGGAGGUCCUACAGGCGUCCUGUGGAAAGGAACCUGGUGUUCAGGAUGCAGAAUACUCGAAAAUGCAAGAGGUAAAAACAUACAGAUGGUUGCAGGACAAAUUUACCUCCAGUUUGACUCAUUUGUUUAAUUUUUUGCUCAUUUUUAUCAAGUCAGGUCAAAUCUACAGUAAUCUUUUCUUUUAUCUUUACAUUUUCUUUUCACAACAUGUAUAACUACAGUAUAUAAUCAUAUGUAUUGUCCUUUUAACGUGCAGAUGUGGCUCUGCCUCAGUGAGAGAGGAGGAAUUCUUGAAUCUCCCUCUGGACCUGAUUCCUGGGGGUUCAGUGCAGCAGAUGCUGCAGGAAUUCGAGAAGGUAAAGAAGCUGGACUUCUUUAAUCAACAUCUAUAUUGUCUGAUAUGAAGCCACUCAAAUGUUUCACUCUGCGGUUAUUUUUGGUUGUUGUUUUUCCAUGUUUACUGUACACAGUAUCUGACAGCAUGUUUUCUCUGCAGGAGACAGACUUGGAGUUCAACUGCGAGUGUGGAGGCACAACUUCAGCACAAUGCUCCACCUUCACAACCCUGCCGAAGUGGGUGACGUUACAUCCAUCACAGACUCCCUGUUUCCCCCUGUUGCAGACACAUGCACAGAUUAUUUUCUGUUUAUUUCUCCUCAGUACUUUCAUGCUCAGAUAUUCCCUCAGUUUAAUAAUCCUGUGGUCAUUCCCUCUCUGCUGCUCUCCACAGUUUCUUGGUGCUCCAACUGAAAAGGUUUAACUUCACUGAGUCCUAUGAGCUUGUGAAAUGUCACGACCCAGUGGACCUCACCAGGGAACUGAUUGUGACAUCUAGCCAGGUAAGACACUUAUGCGCCAAAGUGUAAGAGUGUAGAAGUGUGUGUGUGUGUGUGUGUGUGUGUGUGUGUGUGUGUGUGUGUGUUUGUGUGUGUGUGUGUGUGUGUGCUUGUUUCUAACAGUUGUUCUGUGUGUUUGCUCUCAGGCUAAGAGCUGGUACAGUCUGGUUAGUGUCAUCAGUCAUUUAGGCAGCGAAGGGAACGCAGGUAAAACAUUCACUCAGUGAGGGUCAGAUCAGCCAGUGCAGUCUUCUGUUAGGUCCUCAGAUACAUAACAGAUAGAUAAAUGCCAAAAAAAUGCUGGAAUGUUUAAAGUCUCAGGAAUAUCAAAAUAACAUUAGCCUUCAAACCAUGUCUUUGUAAGAAAGAUAAAACGUUAUGAAGUAACUGGAUCGGUCUCAUUCAGCAGAAAGUGCAGCCUGCUCUUGGAUCUUGGUAACAUUUUCCAUCAUUUUACUUUCAAAGAACUAAUGAACUCCUAAAAAUGUUUGAAGAAACUUGUUAUAAACCAAUUUUUAUGAUUUAUAAUCACAUAAUUUAACACGUAAGCUAAAGCACCAGAAUUAGAAUUAGAAGUAUACUUUUAUUUUCAGUGACGUGCGGUCAGGGGAGGCAGGUGAGGCAGUGCCUCACCAGCCAUCAUGGAAAGAAAGAAAAUAUAUAAUCAUAAAGUAAUUUAAAUUGUUAUAUUCAUCCGGUGGUUUGUACUAAAAAAUAUUUAUUUUUCAUGUAGCUUCACCAAUUUCGAUUUUUAUUUGUUCAAAAUCGCUGAAUUUUCUUAUUUUCCCAUUCAAAUGCUUGGAAGCGAUGCCGGUGAGGCAGCAGCGAGCUCUGCCUCACCUUGGAUUGCGCAACCCCUGGCUCUGCGCUGGCUGCUAAGCGGAGAGAGCAUGUUGCUGUACGGCGUCAAUAAAAUGGUUUAAACAAAUUUAAUAUGUGAACUUAUUUCCAAUAAUUUAGCUUAUGUAUAUAAUGUACAAUGCUUUUUGUCACCAACUGUGUUUGUGUAACGUGUUUCGUGUAAUGAGCGAUUAUAAACGGCAGAGAACAGGUUCGAGGUGAGGCAGGCAGUUCUCUUGCCUCAUGGCAGGGGGUGCUCAAGAUCCCAGACGUUCGUCUUGUUCACUCCUCAACUGCCGAGUAAGUGACAGCGAGCUAGGCUAAACGAUUCGGGAAGCAAGUCAAGUGCAGCGAUAGAUUAUAAUAGAGAUAGUGAUUUUUUUCCUCUCGCUUAUCCCGACUUUCGACAUGGAUGACUACAUUACAACACUAAAAAAGUUUUCUCAAGUGGACUUUUAUCUCCUGGACAGCUUCUCAACUUUUUGGCCGAGAAGGAUCUUGUUGUAACUGUUCCUAAGGCGACAAAGUUGCUCCAGCUCGUGCUCACGGUGCCAGCUACUACAGCGUCAGUGGAGCGGUCAUUCUCAGCCCUGAAGAGACUGAAAACAUACAGCAGGAACAGGACGGAUCAAGGAAGGCUUUCUUCCCUGGCAGUGAUCUCCAUUGAGACAGAGAGACUUUUAAAACUGAAGGAAGAUAAGGAGGACUUCUAUCGCAAAGUGACGGAUGUUUUUGUGCAGAAGGAGCGACGCAUGGACUUCAUUUAUACGUAAAGGUAAGACAGUAAUAACAUUUAUUUUGUUUUGUUUUUUAAGGAAAUGUGUGUUUUGUGAGCUACAGUUUGUAUGUGUAAGGAUGCAGAAGUGAAACAUAACCUGUAAACUGCUGUCAAUCUAUGCAUCUAUUUGCAAAUCUGAUUCUGAUGACGUCAGUGCCUCACCAGCUAUGAACCUCACCGCACGUCACUGUUUAUUUUUAGAAAUGCAGCCAAAUAAAAGUGAAAGUCGCGGGCACAAAAAAAACUACAGUAAAGUACAGAAACUUCAAAAUUAUACUCAAGUACUAUAUUUAAGUAAUACUACGUACUUACUGUACAACACUGUUCUAGACUUUGCAAUUCAUUGUAUUAAAAAUUCAGAGAGCCUACUAACUGUUAAAGUUUAUGAAAUGACACAAGGCAGAACAACUUUUGAUGGUGAGAUCACUUGAUUUACUCUUUGAAAGCUGAGAUCCCAGAGUCUGCUGUGUCUGCAGACAUGGGGUCCCUCUACAGAUUUGUCUUUAAGCCAUCAUGCAGCGUUACCUUGAAUGUUCAGAGAAAAUACUGAGACAUCUGAGAAAAUCUGUGUGAUCAGUUUUACAAGAGAAUAACCUUUUGACAUUAAGCAAAGUUAUGAAAUUAACUCUACUCAGGUUCUUUAGUCAAACCUGCUCUGCGCUCGGUAUGGUCCACUACUGCCCCCUGUGGCCGACUGCAAUAAUACCCAAUUGUCACUAUAAUGUACAAAUGUAGGCUGCUGUUAUUAAUCAAGUUUUCCUGCAGUGCAUUUUGACUAUUUCACCCUGACUUUGUUGGAGUUUUGAUCAAAUGUUUUCUCACAGUAAUGGAUAAUUUUUAUUCCAUGACCGUCUUUACAUCAACACAUAAAACAAACAACAAACAUCACGAAAGACUCACAUGUUUAUGGCUAUAAUUCUGUUCAGCUGGGUUUAUCCAGAAAUCUUGUCUGAAAUUUGCUCCAACAUUUGAUGCACACUCUUCUUCCUCUCCUGUUAGGACACUACAUCAGCAGCGGGCUGCACCCUGAUAUGGAUCCUGAGACUGCGGGUGAUCUUUGGCUAAAUUAUAAUGACUCCUAGGUCACCCGUAUGACAAGAGAGAAUUUAUGCCAAAGAUUAAAGGAGUCAGCAUAUCUCCUCUUCUACGAGAAGAUGGUGAGAAAAAAAUUGUUAAACAUAGAUUAUAAUUAAAUAAGCUGAAUUCUCCAAACAGAGAUCACUGACUGUCUUUAUGUUUGUUUUAGAACAAGCCUCUGUUGCAGACUUCAGAUUUUAUAAUUUGUCUGUUUUUCUGUCUCAGGUCUGAGUGGAGCAGUACAGCCUCGUCCAGAACCAGGAUGAGUCCACUCCAAGGCUGUUACUGAGGAAGGUCCCAUCGAUGGACGGCCCUCCACGUCUCUCCUCCCCCAAGCUCAACCAGGAGCCUGAGGACCCAGAGGAACUCUCCAGACGGAGACGACGGUGGAUGGCCCCACUGAGGACCACUCAGGAGGAACCUGCGCUCCCUUCAUCCACCAAGCUCAUCUCCACCGGUCCUGAGCCCAAGUGGAAGAAGAAUCUUCAGCGCCUCAUGAAGAUCAGGUUCCAGUGGUGUAACGUGACUCACAAGAGGCCCGCUGGACUGAUGAAAAACAACCGUCCAAGCAAGAGUCCUUUUGGGGGUCACGUUGUGCCGUAGUUAGGUUAUAGAAUAAGUUGUGUAGUUAUAAGUUAAGUUAGAGUAAGUUAAGUUGUUUAGUUAUAAGGUAAGUUAGAAUAAGUUAAGUUGUUUAGUGAUAAGUUAAGUUAGAAUAAGUUGUUUAGUUAUAAGUUAAGUUAGAGUAAGUUACGUUGUUUAGUUAUAAGUUAAGUUAGAAUAAGUUAAGUUGUUUAGUUAUAAGUUAAGUUAGAGUAAGUUAAGUUGUUUAAUUAAGAUAAGUUAGAAUAAGUUAAGUUGUUUAAUUAAGAUAAGUUAGAGUAAGUUGAGUUUUAGUUAUGAUAAGUUAGAGUAAGUUAAGUUUUCUCUUCCAAAAAAACAAAUAAGGUCGUUCAGUAAUUCGGUAUUAGUUAGCAUUCAGCUCCUCAGCAGCAUCUCCUCUCCUCCUCCAAUGAAAGCCUCCGGCAUCCAGCUCUGCUAUAAAGUCAAUGACAACGAAUCCCUCACUCCGCUCCAGCUCCUCCAUCUCACACUGGCUCUUAAAAAAACAAAUAAGGUUGUUCAGUAAUUCGGUAUUAGUUAGCCUUCAGCUCCUCAGCAGCAUCUCCUCUCCUCCUCCAAUAAAAGCCUCCGGCAUCCUGCUCUGCAUUUAAGUCAACGACAACGAAUCCCUCACUCCGCUCCAGCUCCUCCUCUCACUUGCUCCUAAAAAAACAAAAAAGCUUCAAUUAAAGGCAGAAAAAACGACUUCACCUUGGACUCAUUGGGCAGAACUUCAAAAGUCCUUGGUUGUGUUGUGUGGUUAUUUAUUUUGAUGUUAUGUGUUGGGAUGUUUUGUGUAGUGGCGCAGUUUUAGUAUAGUGUCUUGUGAUGUGUUGUUUUGUUUCAUGGGUUGUGUUGUCAUGCAUGUGUUUAUGUUGUGAUGUCUUGUUUUUUAAUGUGUUGUGUCGUCAUGUUUGAUGUUAUGUGUCGUUAUGUGCUCUGUUACCUCGUGUUGUUUUCUGCUGUGUGUUGUGUUGUGUCCUCGCGUGUGUGUUUGUGUCGUGAUGUGUUGUGUUUUGUCAUGUCCUUUCGUGUGACCUCUUUACUUGAUUUAUUCACUUAGUGGGAAAGUGAGUCUAAAGGUGAGUUUGGUUCCUCCAGAGUCAUUGUUAACAUGAAAAAAAGUCAGUGUAGGACCCAUUUUCUGUUUGUUUUUUUUUAGGAAAAGGACCUCAAUCGAGAAGAAACCCCCAGAAGAGCCGAGCACGAGACAGAAGACGCAGGAGGACCAAACAUACGGGAGACAGGCCCAUGAAGAGAGAGACGAAGAAAAGAUGAAUGACGGAUGUACUGUGUGUUUCUGGGAAUUUGAAGGUAAAUAACUCUAUAACUACUUAAAAGGUUCGGCUUUUAAGAAAAAAAAUAGACAAUUUUAACUGAAGGGCUGAAAUUCAUGUUUGUUUCAGGUAACUUCAAAGAGUCAAACGCCUAAAAUGACUCAAGAGGAGGCCAAAGAUGACGACCAACUCAGUGAUGCAGAAGGAGAUUGGAUGAACAAGACGACAUGGAGAAGUAAAGUAAGUAAAGUUUGAUGAAUGUGUUUGUUUCAUUAAACUGUUGUCUUUGUGUGCUGCUCUAUUGACCUGCAUUUUCUUCAUCUUUCAUCUCCUUAUAUUUACACAUGUGGACAAAAUUGUUGGUACCCCUCAGUUAAAGAAGGAAAAACCCACAAUUCUCACUGAAAUCACUUGAAACCUACAAAAGUAACAAUAAAUAAAAAUUUAUUGAAAAUUAAAUAAUCAAAAUCAGCCAUUACGUUUGAAAUGUUGAUUAACAUAAUUAUUUAAAAAAAACAAACUAAUGAAAUAGGGCUGGACAAAAAUGAUGGUACCUCUAUAAAAGAUUGAAAACUAUUUGACCAGAGUGACAUGAUUAACUCAGGUGUGUCCUUUAAUUGACAUCACACGUGUUUCCAAACUCAUAAUCAGUCAGUCUGCCUAUUUAAAGGGAGACAAGUAGUCACUCUGCUGUUUGGUGAAAAGGUGUGUACCACACUGAACAUGGACAACAGAAAGCGAAGGAGAGAAUUGUCCCAGGACAUCCGAAAAUAAAUUAUAGACAAACAUCUUAAAGGUGCAGGCUAUAAGACCAUCUCUAAACAGCUUGAAGUUCCUGUGACAACAGUGGCUCAUAUUAUUCAGAAGUUCAAGACCCACGGGACAGUAGCCAACCUCCCUGGACGUGGCCGCAAGAGGAAAAUUGAUGACAGAUUGAAGAGACAGAUCGUUCGAAUUGUAUCCAAAGAGCCCAGGACAACCUCCAAAGAAAUUAAAGGUGAACUCCAAGGCCAAGGUACAUCAGUGUCAGAUCGCACCAUUCGUCGUUGUUUGAGCCAAAGUGGACUUCAUGGGAGACGACCAAGGAGGACACCACUGCUGAAAAAAAAUCAUAAAAAAGCGAGACUGGAAUUUGCAAAAAUGCAUGUUGACAAGCCACAAAGCUUCUGGGAGAAUGUCCUUUGGACAGAUGAGACCAAACUGGAGCUUUUUGGUAAGGCACAUCAACUCUAUGUUCAUAGACUCAAAAACCAAGCAUACGAAGAAAAGAACACUGUCCCUACGGUGAAACAUGGAGGAGGCUCAGCAAUGUUUUGGGGCUGCUUUGCUGCAUCUGGCACAGGGUGUCUUGAAUGUGUGCAAGGUAAAAUGAAAUCUGACGACUAUCAAGGCAUUCUGGAGAGAAAUGUGCUGCCUAGUGUCAGAAAGCUUGGUCUCAGUCGCAGGUCAUGGGUCUUCCAACAGGACAACGAUCCAAAACACACAGCCAAAAACACCCAAGAAUGGCUGAGAGAAAAGCGUCGGACUAUUCUAAAGUGGCCUUCCAUGAGCCCAGAUCUGAAUCCCAUUGAACAUCUGUGGAAGGAGCUGAAACAUGCCAUUUGGAGAAGACACCCAUCAAACCUGAGACAACUGGAGCAGUUUGCUCAUGAGGAGUGGGCCAAAAUACCUGUUGACAGCUGCAGAACGCUCAUUGACAAAUACAGAAAUCGUUUAAUUGCAGUGAUUGCCUCAAAAGGUUGUGCAACAAAAUAUUAAGUUAUGGGUACCAUCAUUUUUGUCCAGCCCUAUUUCAUUAGUUUGUUUUUUUUAAAUAAUUAUGUUAAUCAACAAUUCAAAAGUAAUGGCUGAUUUUGAUUAUUUAAUUUUCAAUAAAUUUUUAUUUAUUGUUACUUUUGUAGGUUUCAAGUGAUUUCAGUGAGAAUUGUGGGUUUUUCCUUCUUUAACUGAGGGGUACCAACAAUUUUGUCCACGUGUGUAUCUCUAUACAAUAGACACACGCAAGGAUGAGAGUGAAGAUGAUAAGCAGCCGAAAGAAGAAGAUAAGAUGA